CUCUUCCCACCGGCGUUCAGUCGUGAAGCGGAUUGAACGAGCAGCGCUUGCUCUGUGGCGCAGGAGUGUGCGGGCAGGAUCGUAACGGCUGCGGUGGUCAACUGAAAGCACGUUUAAACGCACACCGGGAGCAGCUCCGGAGAGAGGAACCCUGAGCACGGACAGCCGAGGGGAGUUUAUAACGGUUAAGGAGCGGAGGGAGACUCGGGAGAGCGGCAGGAGGCGGUGGAGGAGGAGGAGGAGGAGGAGAAGUGGGGGGAACGGGCGCUCUCUAACGAAUCCGACCGACAUCGCACGCAGAAAUGGCGGAGCACCACGCAGUCGGCGACGGCAAGCACAAGGCGUCCGGCAAUUCUGGGAGCUCGGUGCACGGAAACAGCCGACCCGGCGCCGGCGGUGGAGGAGGAGCAGGGGGCAAAGGAGGCCUCUCUGGCGGACUGACACAACCGGCCGGGUGGCAGUCUCUACUCUCCUUCAGCAUUCUUUUUCUGGCCUGCCUGGCAGGAUUCAGCUCCAGACUUUUCGCUGUGAUCCGGUUCGAGAGCAUCAUCCACGAGUUUGAUCCAUGGUUCAACUACAGAUCAACCCACCAUCUCACCACCAAUGGCUUCUACGAGUUCCUCAACUGGUUUGACGAGAGGGCCUGGUACCCCCUGGGCAGGAUUGUUGGCGGAACAGUCUACCCAGGGCUCAUGGUGACUGCCGGCCUUAUCCACUACAUCCUCAACCUGCUUCACGUAACGGUGCACAUCCGGGAUGUGUGUGUGUUCCUGGCUCCGGUGUUCAGCGGCCUGACGGCCAUCUCCACCUUCCUGCUGACGCGGGAGCUGUGGAACCAGGGCGCAGGGCUGCUGGCAGCCUGCUUCAUCGCCAUCGUCCCGGGCUACAUCUCCCGCUCUGUGGCGGGCUCCUUCGACAACGAAGGCAUCGCCAUCUUUGCGCUGCAGUUCACCUACUACCUUUGGGUGAAAUCUGUGAAGACUGGCUCAGUGUUUUGGACUAUUGGCUGUUGUCUUUCCUACUUCUACAUGGUGUCGGCAUGGGGAGGUUACGUGUUUAUUAUCAACCUGAUUCCUCUGCAUGUGUUUGCACUGCUGCUGAUGCAACGCUACAGCAGAAGAGUCUACAUCGCCUACAGCACCUUUUACAUCGUGGGGCUCGUACUGUCAAUGCAGGUCCCUUUUGUCGGCUUCCAGCCAAUCAGGACCAGCGAACACAUGGCUGCUGCAGGUGUGUUUGCUCUUCUGCAAGCCUACGCCUUCCUGCAGUACCUGAAGGACAGACUCACCCGGCAGGAGUUUCAGACGCUCUUCUUCCUCGGGAUCUCUCUCGCCGCCUGCAUCGUCUUCCUCACAGUCAUCUAUCUCACCUACACAGGAUACAUCGCUCCAUGGAGCGGCCGCUUCUACUCGCUCUGGGACACCGGUUACGCCAAGAUCCACAUCCCCAUCAUUGCAUCGGUGUCGGAGCACCAGCCGACCACGUGGGUGUCCUUCUUCUUUGAUCUCCACAUCCUGGUCUGCACCUUCCCAGCAGGCCUUUGGUUUUGCAUCAAGAACAUCAAUGAUGAACGCGUGUUUGUGGCCCUGUACGCCAUCAGUGCCGUGUACUUUGCCGGAGUGAUGGUGAGACUCAUGCUGACCUUGACGCCGGUGGUGUGCAUGCUGUCUGCUGUGGCGUUCUCCAGCGUCUUUGAGCAUUACAUGGGAGAUGACACCAAGAGGGAGAAGCCGCCUGCUGAAGAUAGCAGCGACGAGGACGACAAGAGGAACUCUGGGAACCUUUACGACAAGGCGGGCAAGGUGCGCAAGCACGUGUCUGAGCAGGAGAAGGCAGAGGAGGGUCUGGGCCCCAACAUCAAGUCCAUCGUCACCAUGCUCAUGCUGAUGCUGCUCAUGAUGUUCGCCGUCCACUGCACCUGGGUGACCAGCAACGCCUACUCCAGUCCCAGCGUGGUGCUGGCGUCAUACAACCAUGACGGGACUCGUAAUAUCCUGGACGACUUCCGAGAGGCUUAUUAUUGGUUGAGACAGAACACGAACGAGCAUGCGCGCGUGAUGUCGUGGUGGGACUACGGAUACCAGAUAGCCGGCAUGGCCAACAGAACCACGCUGGUUGAUAACAACACAUGGAACAACAGUCACAUAGCUCUGGUGGGGAAGGCCAUGUCGUCCAACGAGAGCGCGGCCUACGAGAUUAUGAGGUCGCUGGAUGUGGAUUACGUGCUGAUCAUCUUCGGAGGAGUAAUCGGCUACUCCGGCGACGAUAUAAACAAGUUCCUGUGGAUGGUGAGGAUCGCUGAAGGGGAGCACCCCAAAGACAUCAGGGAGAGCGACUACUUCACUCCGCAGGGAGAGUUCAGAGUGGACAAGGCCGGUUCGCCGACUCUGCUCAACUGCCUCAUGUACAAGAUGUCGUACUAUCGAUUUGGUGAGAUGCAGCUGGAUUUCAGAACGCCGCCUGGCUUCGACCGGACGCGCAACGCCGAGAUCGGCAACAAGGACAUCAAGUUCAAGCACCUGGAGGAGGCGUUCACCUCCGAGCACUGGCUCGUCAGGAUCUACAAGGUGAAGAAGCUGGAGAACAGGGAGGCGCUGGACCACAAGCUCCGCAGCGUGGUGUCCAGGCAGAAGUACACCUCUAAGAAGACUGCCAAGAGGAAGCGAGGACACAUCAAGAACAAACUCGUCCUGAAGAAGGGCAAGAAACUCCCCAAAAAAUAAAGACGGCUCUGAACUCACACGAACGUAAAGAAACCUCCAACAACCAAUGAAGAAGAACACAAGGGCGGGCGGCUAUGUGCCUGGCGGUUGGUCAGGAGCGCUUCUCGUUGGAGCGCCCUCAUUUAACGAGGAAGCGUCACAUCCGGCCUGUCCAGAAUCGUUGUUCGUUUUAUCCUGACGAUGUCUGUCUUGCUUUUUGUUUUGUUUUUCUACUUUUUACUUGAAUGUGGCGAGGCAUAGGGCUGCUCUAAUUGAUUAAACGUUGAUUCAUUUUUUUUUUUUUUUUUUUUUUUUGUGUGUGUGUGUGUGUGUGUAUGUUGGGGGGUUGUUAAUGACCUGAUUAUCAGUCAGAGGAACGUUUGCACCAAAGACCCAUCGACCUUGCUCCGUGGCACAUGGGAACUCAUUGCUAAGAGCGAGGGAACGCCGGGGGGAGAGCAGAGGACUUUGUUCCUGACGCGUGUACAGAGGACAGUAUGCGGUAUGGAGGAACGUCACCGUCUACACGCAGCACAUCUGUAAUAUUAACCUUUUUACCAUCCUCAUCUCCUUAACGUCUGCCUGGCUCUCUGACUUUUGGUUUCCAACAAAUUCUAGAAGAAAUUGGCCUAAUGUGUAAAUAUGUUCUGUAAAGACAACAAAAAAAAAAAAAAAAAUCUCUAAAAUGAUGGUAAUAUAUUGGAUCAUUGUGAUUUUUAAAUGCGCAGUUCUUGGGUUUUCCUCGUUUUUUUUUCCUUUUUUUUAUAUGACAGCAACUAGAACAGUGAAUGCAAUAACUACACAGAGGGGCUUCAGAUUUCAUUGAAAGAAUUUGAAUGUGAUUUUUAUUUUUUACAUCUCCCCCCUUUUUUUUUCCAUAAAUUGCAUUGAUUGUACAUUUCUGCUGCUAGGCUUUUAAAAAACAAGCAAGUGAGCUGUAGAGAAAAAAAUAUAUAUGUUACAAACUGGGGCUGCAGGGGGCGCUCUUGGUUGAGCAAAGCCUAGUUAUAUUGCAGAAUUUUACCUUGUUGCCGUUCACAUUUUUUGGCUUCUUUCUUCUUACUUUGGCUCGUCAUGCAGCUGCUGCUGACCACACAUGGUGAUUAGACUUGUCCGUUUGUUUUGCUUUUGAAUUUGCUUUGAAAAUCAACAGAAAUGUGAAGGAGGAUUUUUGUGUGUAGGCUUGGUAAAGGACGGCUGUUAUCAGGAGCAACAUCGGUUGUAACGGGAAGAUAAAUUACCAAAUGUUAAGGAGCUGUGUCCUAAUGCUGCACCACAUACUUGCUUCCCUCGGCGGAAAUGUCAGGCAACUUUGAACCAGGUUAGCUGCUACUCUUUCUUUUUUUUUUUUUUUUUUUAUCAAAAAGUAAAAAAAUGCCAUCAAAACGAAAUAAAACCUCAAAAAUUCAUGACUUGCAAGAAAAAGAGUAGCUGAGGCUGGAAGCUCAUGAUGGUUGCAAUGAAACUCAAAAUUAUAAAGUUUUCAUUCCGACAUGCAUAUGACACAAAAUAAAACUGAAAAUGGAGGAUCGAUUUUGACUAAAAUAAUUAGGGGUGUUUUUCGUUGAAUUCUUCAUGCCCUGGUUGUUCAGUGGAAACGUUUUUCUUGCCAUCACAGCGAUCCAACUCCCAACUCAGGUUUUUUUUUUGUUUUUUUGUUUUUUUCAUACCUUCAUUUUUAUUUUGAUCAUUUGAUGAGUCCCUCGGGUUGGACUGCAUCCCUGCCAUCACCCUAAUCUUCAGCUCCCUCUACAGACGCUCUAUUAAAAUUUAAGUCAGGACUUUGACUGGACCCCUCAGAACUUUAAUGCAAUUUCCAAGCAGAAGAAAUCUGGAGCACACAGACGUGUAGUAUUCCAGAUGCAGAGAAGCAGUUCUGCAUGUAUCACUUCUCCCAACAUUAGAAUAACCUACUCUGCUAGUGAGUUAUAACGUUUUUGUGCGAGUCUCACUUUUUUCCAUGUAAUUAUUCCAUAUUUUACUGCGUUAGACUUCCCCCACAUAAAUGUUUGUCCCUAAAAUAUGUCACCUCAAUCUGAUGCUUCUCAUGUGGUGAAAGAAGGGAUGUUAUUACACUGAAGCACAAAUGAACACACUUCUUUAUUUGGCUCAGACACAGAGGAAGAACAGUUGCAGUAAAGGCUAAUUAUAGUGGUUUGAAAUGCAAGGUGAUCUGCAAAAUUAGCAGUGAUGACAGCGGACGUUCAAAAAGUGAAAACGGCUGAAAACAAUGUAGCUGAUUAACUUUUCGCCAACAACCAGCUGGUGUGGUCAGCUGACUGGUUUGGCUUUUGACUCCAUGAAUUGUCGUCUCUUUCAUCAGCUGAACUUUUGGUUCACUUUCCCAGAACUUAAAAUAUUUAAAGCAGAGAAACGAUUUUUGUUGGCUGAGGUGAAAUAUUUGCUCUUCACAGGUUUACUUCCUCCUUCUUUGUAGCAAAAGACCUCAGUGCCACACAUCAGUUCUACCCUACCCACACUCUGUUAUUUUGGUUUGCAGGUCUGCCGUAACUCUAUUUUCUGUCCUUUAAGAAUUCACACGAGGGAGAUCUGGAUUUCGUUGGUGUAAAGGAGUAAAUUCCAAAGGGCACUUCUGUUUUUUGGGGAGAAACCUUUAAAAAUGAUAACAUUCUAUUUCCCCCUCACGGCUGCCUUGGUAGUAAAUACUCUAUUUAAAAAUGUUUCCCUUGUCCAGUUUGAGCAGGUUUCAGCCGGGGUGUGCUGUAUGGAUUUGGGACACAGCUCUGCAUCUGUUUUCAUACGACAGAAACUGAAAGAUUGUUUUAAUGCAUGCUUUGGGAACUUUUUUUUUAUUUUUCUGUUUUUAUCAAACCAGAGAGACUUAAAAUCACAUCGUACAGCUGUUAUUUGUUUUGCCACAUUGUACGGAAGGGGAGGUUUUCUGACUGUUUUCUUUAAAAUGCGUCUGAGUUGCUUUGUUCUCGUUUUUACCGCCCGUCUCCUCUGGAGGCCUCAGGCUGCUGGAACGGUGACAUUCCGACGUGUCGUUGCACUUCGCCUAAAACUGCAUUGUGUCCUUUUUGGAUUCUCAUUAGUACGGAGAGGACAGAGUUCAGACUAAGCCUUAAUGUGAUGUACUUUUACUUUUCCUCAUGUGAUAAGUUUUUCCUUAAAACGGAUUAAAAUGUUGCUUUUCCGA